CUAUGGGUACCCAGUAGGUACCCGCGGGGUCUAUUAUGUAAUGAUGGCGGUAGCAUCUGGGGUGGUCUGCGGAAUCCUUGCCGAGUCAAUAAGGUGCUGAUUCUGUGACGUGAAGAAACAUCCCUUGACAUCGCCAACACAAAGCGCCCUCAAAAAACUCCACUAUCCAUCAAUUUACAGUAUCCAGGUGUCUUGGAUCAACUGAGAUACCUUUCCCUACCUUUCCACGUCCAUGGAUAAGUACCUCCUUGGUCUCACUGUCAGCAGGCAAACGCCGGUCCUGCGGGCCGACAAGUGACCUUGUUCCGGCCCGGCAACUGCAACUAUAAGAUAAGAUCCUCCGCGGGAUGCAAGCCCGCGGCGUUUGUCCCUUUCGAGUGUUUUCGAUGCCAGGCCCUCUGUUUCUCGGACUAGAUCUCUCUACCCAACAACUCAAGGCGGUCUUGAUUUCCGAAAAGAAUGAAAUCGUUCACGAGUCGGCGGUCCAUUUCGACAGCGAUCUGCCGCAGCACGGCACGAGCAGUGGGAGAAUACUGGGGCCAAGAGAAGGCGAGGUUACAUCGCCCGUCGCAAUGUGGCUGGACGCCUUGGAGCUGCUCAUGAAGCGAAUGAAGGGGGCGGGGGUUGCUUUCGGAGAGAUCGCCGCUAUUUCUGGAGCGGGACAGCAGCAUGGAUCAGUGUAUUGGUCUGCCACUGCGGAGAAUGCAUUGAGCAAAAUGGAUCCCGCGAAAUCUCUGUCCGAAGCACUCUCCCCGCAUGCAUUCUCCCUGCAGAAAGCCCCCAUCUGGCAAGACUCGUCAACAGGUCGGGAAUGCCGGGACUUGGAGGCAGCUCUGGGAGGUGCACAGACUUUGGCGGACCUGAGUGGCAGUCGCGCAUACGAAAGGUUCACGGGACCACAGAUCGCCAAGCUUCGCCGCGCCGAUCCCGCAACUUAUGCAGCGACAUCGAGAAUCUCUCUAGUCUCGUCCUUUAUACCCUCGGUCUUUCUUGGCCUGAUUGCCCCAAUCGAGAUCUCAGAUGCCAGCGGCAUGAACUUGAUGGAUGUGGUAUCUUGUAAAUGGGACGACAGGUUACUCGAAUUCUGUGGCGGACCAGAACUGCGCAAAAAGCUGGGCCCUGAGCCUGUGGCUGGCGGAACCAACCUGGGGAAGAUCGGUUCGUGGUGGGUUGCUCGGUGGGGAUUCAAUUCAGAAUGCAUCAUUGCUCCAUUCACUGGAGAUAAUCCUGCAACAGUCGUCGCACUCUCUGCGCCAGGCGACGCUCUGCUCUCUCUGGGGACGUCGACCACUUUCCUGUUGUCCACGCCACCUGCGCAGACACCGCCUUCACGAUUCACAACGUCUCAUCUUUUGACGCACCCAACCUCACCUCCGACCGCUUUCGUAGUGAUGCUUUGUUACCAGAACGGUGCUCUGGCGCGAGAGUCCGUGCGCGACCAACAUAACGCGGGAGAUUGGGCCAAAUUUAACCAAGAUGUGGAGAGCACCCAGCCCGGGAAUGGCGGGCAUCUCGGUCUCUACUUUCCGCUGCCUGAAAUCAUUCCCCCGGGUGUCGUCGGCAAUUUUUACUACGAAGUAGAUCCCGUCAAAGGAACAGCUGUCGCCGUCAAGGAUUUGCCGAAGCGUGCGCAUUCUCGAGCGAUCCUCGAGUCCCAACUUCUGUCGAUUCGAUCUCGCAUCGCAGCUAUCCUGCCGUCCAAUGCGCCUCCGCUACACAGGCUCGUCGUCGCCGGCGGUGCUUCGGGCAAUCCGGUGGUCCGCCAACUUGCUGCCGACGUAUUUGGCAUGCGUGUGUAUGUGUCGGGGACUAAAGAAGGCGCGGGGAUGGGUGGAGCAAUGCUCGCGCGUUGGGCUUGGUGGCGCGCCGAGAAUGGAGACUCCGGAAGCUUCGAAGACAUGACCGGAGGUGAUGUCGGUGAGCUGAAAUGCGUCGCUGAGCCCAACCCGGAAGUCUCCAAGGUGUACGAUGGAUUGGUCCAGGUUUAUCGCAUUUGUGAGGAGGAUGCAGUAAAACAGACUAAAAUUGGUACAGAGUAAGUUGUUAUCUGGUUGGAUAAACGGGUUUUUGUUGCGGGGUCUUUGGGAGUCCUGAUUGGGACACAGCUGAUGUGCUGUGACACUUUCGCGAUUAUCCGACGCACUGCGACAGAGGACCGCUCUUGAGGAGCGACAAGCGUAAUGACACGAAGAGGUCUGGGCCCCACGUUCCUCUCAAAACAAUAUUGACCCCAUAACUUACCUGCCAUCGUCUUGGACAGUGACCGAACACCACUGGUUUCGUCAGAAGCUUGAGAAUGGAGUCGCGUGGGUCACGUGACAUAACUGUAGCCGAUUGAUUGCGAGCGAAGCGCUCCGUUGCGCGCUACCUCUCUCCGCUUGUCAAGAAGCCCAUAGCAUACAUGACACUUAUGUGCACCAUUUGCAACCCUGAACGUCCUCUAGGCCGCUUUCCAAUAAACCUAAGCGCCGUUAUGUCAUGGCCCUGCUUUUCCGACCGCGCGUCUCGACGGGAUCCGAGGACUGUGACCGGAGAGCUCUGAGACAUGGGCAAAUAUGCCACAGAAAUUCAUUCAAUAUCCCAGGCGGCUCGCUAAUGGGCGUCUAAAUUUACGCGCAACGAGGUUGAUCGUCUCAAGAAGUCGUCUGAAGCAAUGAUGACAUCCAGCUCGUGGGCGUCUUUCUUACUGGAAAGGAAUUGCAAUUGCUGAAGUGGAAUGGACGUUGCCGGCCGCUUUCUGCGCAUGCAUGGUAGACAUACAUAGACUAUCGAUGCCUCGUGGCUGGUCUUUCAGGCGGCCUACAUAAACCGCUCUUUCAACCGGCAUUUGGAACCAGUUUCCACCCUUCUCUCAUGACCUAUACUCCUGUUCCUGUGUUUCCGGACUCGACUGGCAGUCAUGCUGUGGACUCCAAGACCCCUGACGGAUGGGCCGGGCAAUCGAAUGGUAUCAGUGAAAGUGAAGAUGACGAUGAUGACACGAAGAGUUGGACAUCAGCGCAUUCCGAAGUCGAGAAAGACGAGGUGCAGGUGAUAGACGAGCCCCACUCGACGAGCCCGAGCGACGCGCACGCAUUGGAACCGUAUCCCCAGCCGUCUGAGACCAAAGUCAAUAUGUUCGAGCCGAUGGAAGUCGACUCCGAGCCUUUGGUGAACACACAGAUCCACCAUGCGGAGAAGCUCGACUUAGCGUACCGCAUUCCCGGUCUACACCGUGUUCUAGAUCUUAUUAGUGAGAGUGGAAGUGGUGGUCUAGUUGACAAAAUCAUCAUCGCGCAGGAGUCCCUCGAGCGGCUGAUCAACGAACUCUCUCCGGGCGCCUACUCGUCUCUCACAAAAGUAGACUUCAAAACCUUGGAUACGCUGGACGUCAAGCCGCUUGGCAUCUACGGUAGCAAGGAUGAGAUCGUCGGCUUUCUGUUGAAACGAGGGGUCAUCAAAGACGACGUUGCCUUGAUUCUCAAACAGUCGGUUUCCAACGCGUCUGCUCCCUAUCUCCGGUCGGGUCUUUAUGUUCUCCGAGCGCCACUCGAGUCAGAGCAGAUAUUUCUUGUGUACUGGCCGGAACUCACGACCUGGAACGACGACGCUCUGUCGUCUGUGAAAAGGAACCGCGUGACUUUCAUGCGAUAUCUCACCAAGUUGGCCGACCAAGUCGUGUGCCUGGUCUCGUCCGAGCACGCGCGCUCGAUUGUGUGGAACGAGGACUCGGACGGACUGGAGACGCCCAUCGGUCUCGAUCUCGAUCUGCAAGAAGCGUCCGAUCGGAUGUUCUCGUUCGAAGUCGCCAAGACAAACGAGCAGGAGGAGGACGUAUCUACCCGAGAGGGCUUUGAGACCAUCUUGCGUGGGGUUGCCGCCGAGCCCACGUCCCAUGAGAAAUGCACUCUUGACAAUGCAGACUUGGAACCUACACUCAUCCGAGGAGAGACGUCGUUUGCGUUGCUGACAAAACGCUACGUAGAAGGUCGAGCUGAGGAACGACUCAUUCGAGGCGAGAAGAACAAUCCCGCGCAGUUGAAAAGGCUCUUGGAUGAUGGCACGAUUCGCAUCGCUGAUGGAGCAAACGACGAAACACUAGACAUUCUGAGAGAGAACGGAUUGGGUAAGCGUUAUCCCGGACCAUUCGAAGCCUGGAGGGCGCGCAACCGGGUCAGCAAGGACUCCUCGGAUGCUGCCUCCAAAGAGGAGCUGCAGAAAGUCGAAAAGCACGUCGCAAAAUCAAUGUCCGAGCUCGAGAUAGUUAUACGCGAAGCUAUCUGCGAUAGGACUCUGAAAAUGUUUCCGACUAUUCAGCGAUCGGCAUUGUCUCCGAAUGAUGGCGAGCAGCUCGAGCAUCUGCGAGCCCAAUAUCAAAAUUUCCUCGCGCUUCAUCCACAAGUACAAGACGAGCUCGAGAAGACUGCAUCACCAGCGGACAGAUCCUCCGGCCCCAAAAUCAAUCUUCCCAGAUUCCGCACGCUCAAGGAAUCCAUAUUGUGUGUGCGUCUCAUUCUGCGAGAGCAGCAGACACUCGAAGCAGAAGACCGCAAGGACUUGAUUGCACACGUGACGGAUCAUGGUGUUGAGUCGCUGACGUCAGCCCUGGUCAAGACAAAGCGUCAAGAUGACGCGAAACCGAAGGGGUUCUGGACAAAGAUUACGGCAUGGUUCACCGAAUCCGAUUCAACGAAUCCGGAAGAUCGGAUUCGGAAACAGUUGAAGGAAUCUCUGGCCAGCACUCCGGACGCAGCGUUCCUGCAGUCGUUAAACGAUGUGCUUGGAGAGAUACCGGCGUUGGAAGACAUGAUUUCGAGAGCGAUAGAGGCUGCAGUGGAAGGGCUCAAUGAAUCCAUCGGAAAAGCACUGAAACGCACCAUGGCGAGGGCACAAUUUGUCCAGGAAGCCGCACUCAAAGCCCAGAUUCAGCGAGACCAGGCCGUCAAACUUGAGGCUGAGCGCCGGUCUUCAAGAAUGCUGUUUCUCAAGGAAUACGACCAAGAGGUUGCCGAUAGCCCUAGUGUGAUGCUGAUCGGAAAGAUCGAGAGUCAGACAUCGACCUAUCCUUCUCACACGCCAAGCUUGUACAGAUUAUAUGCUGUCCAGAAGACGGUCUCGAAACCAACGGUCGAAUGCAACGUGCAUUCAGUUCAAUUGACGACAGAAGAUCGGCACUCUAUGCAGCUUGACCCAACAUUCGUACCGACUCCCCGGUUCCAGCCCAGUCGGACACAGACGUUCAGUCUCGGUUUAGUUCACCGGAUUGUGCUGGCACAGCUCAUUCAAGUGCGCGACAGCGACAAGCUCUUGUUCGUGAUCGAAGAUGCCGAGCAUCUGUGUGUCUUCCUGGACAGUCCCUCGAACAUUGGCCAGGCGAUAUCGCGCGGUCGUGCGGGUGCCAAAAAGCUGUUGCACCGAGACAAGAUCGGGAAGGACGUUCUGCUGGCGUACAACGAGCAGAAACGGAUGCUGAUGAUCUGCGCUGCUUCUCAGCUGAAGUUGCAUCUGUACUUGUUCGACGAGAUGCUUGGCGCGCUCUCCGCCUGGGGCAGCCCCGUGGAUCUCAAUCCUUGGUACAGUUCCGGCACCGCCAUCGUCCACAGCUGCUUUGUGCUCGGAUCAGAGGAGAUACUGUUCAUCGACACCGGGGCGCAGGCGAGGAUCUUUUCUUUAGUGACGCAGCAGUUCCGCCCUGCAUCGUUGACUCUGGAGCUCAUUCCGACUGCGCUGCACACGUCGCCGGACGGAGCGUGCCUGAUACUCGCAUUCGGCAGUGGAGAUGGUGUUGUGCAUCGUGCAUAUCACUGGGACACCUUUGGGUCAUCCCAAGGCAUCGAACUCGGCGUCGUCGACAUCCCAACUGGCCCGACUGUGCUCACGUCUUUUGUCAAUCGACGCAGCGCUCAUUUGGUUAGCCUCGAUCCAGCAGUCUCUCGCUGUCGCUCCGUUGCAUUGGACAUCACGAAGAAAACGACCGAGUUUAUGUUCCAGGCCACCGGCGGCAAGGCCACCUCCAGCUCCCAGACGCAAGACACAGCGCACAACUGUCUGAUUGACGUGCAUGCGGAUGUCUGGUCCCGGUUCCCUGUCGUCGCAGCUGUGCAGAGGCAGACCAUCUCGACCUCCGGCGACGCCCGGCGCUCGCGCCAACUCGUCUUCCGGACGGACCGGGAUCGGGACCGGUACGCUCCCCACUUUGCCGAGCUGAUCUCAGCGUUCGAACAGCGAACGAAGAAACCGACGGGCGACGCGCUGAAGAGCAUCCGAGUCUCAGCAGCUGACUCACUCUCGCUGGACCCUGCGCACAUCUCGCGGUUCCGGGCUGGCGAAUGGCUCGUCGACCUGCUCUGUCUCAUCCCCAUCCAGAUCGCAGUCACGCGCGAGAACCGGUUCCUCCCGCUCAAGGACGGCAUCAUGUCGGCGGAGCUGGAGCGUUCGUUGCUGGGCGCCGAGGUCGGGCAGAUCGUGGACGCGCUGUCGUUUGGUUGGUAUGAGAGUGUGUUCCAGUCGUAUAUGACGGCCAAGAAGGUCAAGGUCGUGUCGUCCAUGGGCGAACAGAGUGUCGGCAAGUCCUUUGCGCUGAACCAUCUCGUCGACUCGUCUUUUGCGGGCAGCGCGAUGAGGACCACUGAGGGCGUGUGGAUGUCGGUCACACCGACGGAUGAGGCAUUGAUCGUUGCACUGGAUUUCGAGGGUGUGCAUAGUAUCGAGCGGUCCGCGCAGGAAGACACGCUCCUAGUGCUUUUCAACACAGCCAUCUCUAAUCUGGUCCUCUUCAGAAACAACUUUGCCAUCUCGCGCAACAUCACGGGGCUCUUCCAGUCGUUCCAAUCGUCAUCCACCGUGCUCGAUCCCGCAGCGAACCCGUCGUUGUUCAAGUCGACGCUGACGAUCAUCAUCAAGGACGUCGUCGAGUCGGACAAGACCGAGAUCGUGCGCGAGUUCUCGACCAAGUUCACCAAUAUCGUGCGGGAGGAACAGGAUGCCAAUUUCAUCUCGCGGCUGCAUGCCGGCCAGCUGAACAUCGUCCCGUGGCCCGUGAUCGAGUCCAAGGGGUUCUACACGCUGUUCCCGGCGGUCAAGAAGCUGCUGGACAAGCAGACCGUGACGCACAAGACGGCGGGGGAGUUUUUGCAUACGCUCAAGACGCUGAUGGCGAAGCUGAAGGCCAAUGACUGGGGCUCGCUCUCGCAAACGCUGGUCGCGCACCGAGCGCAGAAGCUGCUCGCGGGACUGCCCAGUGCGCUCAUGUUGGGCUACCUGGAAGCGGACGAGCCCCUGAAGAAUUUUGACACCGAUGAGCCGAUCGAGGAGCCGGAUACGUUUGCUCAGUUUUUCCUACCUAGCACCGUCGAAGACGCGACCGCGCAGUCCCAGAUGCGUGAGCGUGCGCUCGCCGAGCUGCAGCGAUCCUGGGCGCAGUACUCUUCGCGACACACGGCCUCUGAAGGCGAAUGGGUGACUGGGCUCGCGCAGUUCCUGGAGCAGCUCACGGAAGAACGGAUCAGGCGCGUCUUUGCCUGGAUCUCGUCGAAUCUUUCGCGUUUCCAGACGAGCCAUGACAAUGCGGAGCACCUGCGGCGAAUGUUCGAGAGCGAGAUCGUGGACAUGAAAGGGGGCGUUGAGAUGUGCGGCGUGCAGUGCAGUGCCUGCCAGCUGCGGUGUCUGCUCAGUCGGCGGCACGAUCUGAGCGAGGGCAAGCACGACUGCCGCACUGACCACAUGUGCCAACACGUCUGCGAGUUUGCGGACGAGCAUCCUGGCGAAGAGAAGAAUUGCGGGUUGCCUGCGGGCCACUCGGGCGGCCACAUAUGCGCGGUCGAUUUCCACUUGUGCGGUCAGCCGUGUGCGCUGCAGGACAAGUCCGGUUGUAUGCAAAGUUGUAUGAAGGUUGCCCAUCACGCGGCUGACGAAGGUCACUUGUGCAAUGCCCGGCUACAUAAAUGCGGCGAGCCGUGUGCCCUGAUGAAUGUGACGGUGAAAGGGUCCAACGAACAACACUCUUGCUCACGCACGUGCGCUGUUUCGAGCGACGAGCCGCACAGUCAACACGCAUGUGACUCAUCAACAUGCCCGCUGCCCUGCGAGCUGUGUAAACGGCUGUGUGCCAACACAGAUCACCUGCACGGGCUCAUCAGGGGUGCUGUGCAUCUGUGCGGGCAGUCGCACAACUGCAGUGCACUCUGUCAGGCCGACGGGACGUGCGAGAUUGCGACCGCGCCGCAGUCUAUCGAGGCGACGUUUACCGGCAAACACGAGACGUUCCAGUACACCAAGUACUCGCAGGUCGCCAAGCGGCUGAGAUGUGUGCACCCGAUCCCCGCGGGCGAGCGCCAGCACGCGGGGAAGCACAGCCACAGCACGGACCCCGCGCCGUUCCAUUUCUGCGAGACGCGGUGCGAGUACUGCGGGUACUUCUGCACGCUCCCGCGCAACCACCCGCAGCAGGAACACGAGACGCACCACGGGUCCAUGAGCCGCAGCAGCUGGUCGAUCGACGGGCCCGACGGGUCCGUGCUCGAGCUCAACGGGCACAAGUUCGGAAGCGAGGAUGACGGCGCGCCGAUGAUGUGCAACCUCUACUGCCACGAAAUGGGCAGGCACGUCCACCUCGAUUACUGCCGUGCCGAUGACAAGAGCACGUGCAACGAUGCUCACACCCAGCAUUUGUCAGCCCGGAUGAUGCCGAAUCCGGACAAGGCCAAGGACUGGAUCUCGCAUUCCCUAUAUUGGCAGAGAAGCGGAUUCAAAGAUCCAUAUUCCCGGCCUGACCAGCUCAACUUUUCCAAGUGUGAUGCCAUGUGCCCGGAUACCGAGCAUGCAGCUACGGCAAACAACCCAGCCCACCCCUCGUAUUGCACUCUGCCACUGUUCCAUCCACCUGCAACGCAGGCCUCUGGACUGGGAUACGUGUCGAACGACGGGCACGUGUUCAACUGCAAGAACCCGGCGGUCAUGCAACAGGCAUUCCAUGUCAUCUUUGUCAUCGACCGGUCCGGUUCAAUGGGCUCUACGGACCGCCGCCCGCUGCCAGGCACGCCCAGCACGGCGCUCAUUCAGCAGACGGCCAACAACCGACUGGGGGCCGUCUACUCUGCCCUGCACGGAUUCUGGAUCUCGCGCACCACGGCACUCGGGGCAUCGCAGGGCACGGCCCCGGUCCGGCGGGACGCCUACAGCGUCGUCCUGUUCGACCACGCGCCGACGGUCUGCAUCGCGAACGACUUUGCGCACUCGCCGGACGAGCUGCUGCACGCGAUGCUCCCCUACCACGCCGGCGGCGGCACGAACUUCACCGCGGCGAUGCAGACCGCGCAGACGCUGGUCCGGGACCACUGGAGCGCCGAGCGGAGCCCGGUCGUCAUCUUCCUCUCGGACGGCGAGUGUCAUGUCGCGGACGAGACGGUGCAGGAUGCGUGUCGCGGCGCGGUGGCGCUCGGGCGCCCGCUGUCGUUCCACUCCGUGUCGUUUGGGCGCGACGCGCAAUCGGCGACCCUGCGCCGCAUGGCGCAGCUGGCGCUCGAGGUACAGCGCAAUGCCCCGGUAAGCAACCCGCUGAUGCCGGCUGCGGCUGUCGUCGAUUCGUCGUAUUCGGUUGCGCUGGACACGGUCAGGCUUGCGGAGACGUUUUUGGGGUUUGCAGAGUCGUUGAGGAAGCCCAGAGGCGCUUUAUUCAAAUCCAUCUGAGUGCGAUGCGUGAAUGUAACCCAUAGCUGCCUUGUUUUUUCUGCAGUAGACUUUUCUCAGUUAAAACGACGUCGACACUUU